AUAGACUAUAGGUAAACUCAAUGGACCUUGACUUGAUAGGGCCUCAAGAAUUAGAUUAUCCUGGGGCUUUGGCAGAGGGAACUGUUAGUAUUGUGUUGACUGUGCGCAGGGUGGACUGUUUUUGGUUGAGAAGCUGACUUUGACAUUUUGUUGCAUUUGGACAUAUUGUUCAACGUAUCACAUGAAGCGGAUUCAUUGUCUGCAUCACCUGUGGUGACUUUGUGAAAUGAGUUAAUCAGCAUCGCCGUGAAUGAUUCGAGGGGAAGUUUUGGAAAUGGAAUUCGGUGCCAUACGUCAUGGAUUCAGAUGACGUCUUGUUUAUACACUAGGUUACAGUGUAGCCGGUCAGUGUGAAGGCUGACCAGUGGUCAGUUUUGGCUGGUUUAAGUUUAUUUGCUGCAAACCGAACAAAUAUGACGUCGGGGACAGAGAGCUCCCGAUCCUAUGGGUCCAUGAACCCUGAUAUCACGCCCCGGUCUAAGUUCGAUAUAUGGAACCUGAUAAAAAGGCCCAUGACAGCGAACUCCUACCAACUGACGGCGCGGUACCGCGUCAAGAGCGCCCCGGUGCGACGCGCAAAGAGCGGUGUUGUGACGCGGCGUCGGCGACGGCCGGAGUCCCGUGCUGAGAGUGAGGGGUGCGAAUCUAUCCAGAGCAUCACGACUGCCACGGACUGCACCUUCUUUGAUUUGGACAAGGAUUUGCCGGACGACUUCUUUGAUCAAGAUGAUGACGAGGCCGACUCGCCACGCCGACCCCAGAGUAUCGCAGGAACCCACAGUCAGAAAAUGUACCUGCGCACGUGCAAAGCGAUGAGGAUCACCCCAACCAACUACGUGUUCCGCCACCUAGCGGAGGAGAAGAUGGACCUCAAGCACCACCUGCUGGGACCGGAAGGAGCAAAGGCAUGCGCGAUAUCACUCGUUGAGAAUUCAACCGUCCUGAACCUUGACCUCGAAGACAACGCAGUCGGAGUGAAGGGGGCGGGCUAUAUCGCCGAGAUGCUGACAGAGAACAGCUUCAUCACAGAACUGAGUCUGGCCCACAACGACCUGAGGACGGAAGGCGUAAAGGCCAUUGUGAAGGUCAUACACGAUCUGGACAACGUCACCAAACUGGACCUGUCAGGAAACAACCUACAAGAAUAUGACGGGGCCUUGUUCUCCAAUCUCAUUGAGGAUUCACAGAACCUUAAAGAAUUAAAAUUGAGUCACAACUGCUUCUGUGAGGUCGGCGGUAACGCCAUUGGCGAUGCCCUGGGGUGGAAUGACACGAUAGAGUUCUUGGACUUGAGCUGGAAUCAUUUGAGACGGUCCGGAGCCACAUCGAUUGCUAAAGGCAUCGGCAUCAACAGUGGUCUGAAGGUGCUGAACUUAUCCUGGAACGGCUUCUAUCUGGACGGGUGUAAGGAGCUCGCUAGCGCCAUGGAAAAGAACACGACACUAGAGGACAUCAACCUGUCAUCCAACAGGAUCAAUAAACAGUGUCUUCAGGAACUCUGGAAGGGGCUCAAGAAGAACGAGACACUGCAGAAACUACGUUUGUCUGACAACCCAAUCACAUCCAGCGGCGCCUACUUCCUCCUCAAUUCACUGAGAGAAACAAAGUCAUCCGGUCUGAACUAUGUGGACCUUGGGACGCAAUGUGUUGAGGGGCCGUUCGUGACGAUGUUGCAAGACAUGCAGGAGCAGCGAGCCCUGCAGAUGAAGUACGGGGCUGUGUGGGACCAGACGAUGGAGGCUGAGGACGACGAGAUGGACCUGGUGGACGAGAACCCUGUCCUUAUCCUGAUGGAGUUCGGCAAGCUGCUGGGGCUGAGGCUGACAGACCUCUUCUGUAUGAUGGACAAAGACAACAGCAAGACGCUCACACGGAAGGAGAUCAAGAGCGGGCUAUUGGAGUGCAACAUACCGCUCUCAGAGAAGGCCAUAGACCACUUGGUGGAGAAGUUGGAUCAAGAUGGCGACGGGGAGAUUGACUAUGGGGAACUAACAGCUGGGCACCAGCAACACCGACGGAAGUUAACGAAGACAAUCAUGAUGUCGCGAGAACGUAACGUUGAUAUGGAAGACACUGACGUGGGCCGCGUUCGGAUAAAGCUACAAAAGUUGAUGGCGAAACAACUCGGCGGCGCCAUCUUGAAUGUUGGUUUCAGUACAAUCACAGAUCUGUCGAGAAAAGGCGGGAAAGUUGUUGACACGAAGGACAAACAUAAGAAGUCAGGGCCUUCCCCGAGACAGAAGUGAUAUUAUGUUGAUAUUAUGACAUUAAUGAUAUUAUGUGUGCUCGUAUGAAAAGAUUGUGAUAUUUUUACGCAAAUUUAGUUUGUUUGUUGUUUGAUGCCGCACUCAGCAAUAUCCCAGCUAUAUGACGGCGGUCUGUAAAUAAUCGAGUCUGGACCAGGCAAUCCAGUGAUGAUAUCAUGAGCAUCGAUCUACGC